GCUGCGAACAGGCGCGUCUCAGUGCCGCCGCCGGCGCCGGCCCCAAGCCGGCCCCGAGCCGCCGGCCCCGGCCCCACCCGCCGUCAAACCUCUCAGCGCGGCCUCCGCUUCCGCCGCGAAGGUAUCGAGGCUCCGGACGCCGCGGCAGGCGCUCCGCGGAGGGGCCGCGGCGGGCCGCGGCGGGCGCCUUUUCCGCCUCAUGGGGCCGUGGCCGGCGGUCCUGGGCGGAGCGGCUGGCCUCAGCGUCCUUCCGCUUCCGCGGUGAGCGGCGAUGGCGGCUGCCUGGCUGCUGCUGGCGGUGCUGGGCGCGGCGCUGGCUGCGCCUCGGCGGCGAAGAUGAAGGUAGUGGAGGAGCCGAACACGUUCGGGUUGAAUAAUCCGUUCUUGCCUCAAACAAAUAGGCUGCAGCCGAAGGUGGCCCCUUCUGCAGUAUCUGGCCCUGCCCAUCUCUUUAGGCUUGCUGGCAAGUGUUUCAGUUUUGUGGAAUCCACAUAUAAGUAUGAGUUUUGUCCUUUCCAUAAUGUCACCCAGCAUGAGCAGACUUUUCGAUGGAAUGCCUAUAGCGGGAUUUUAGGAAUCUGGCAUGAGUGGGAAAUUGAAAAUAACACAUUUGUUGGAAUGUGGAUGAGGGAAGGAGACUCUUGUGAAACCAAGAGCAGACAGACGAAGGUUCUUCUUGUUUGUGGAAAAAGCAAUAAAUUGGCUUACGUGUCUGAGCCAAGUACUUGUGUUUACUCUCUGACAUUUGAGACUCCUCUUGUGUGCCAUCCCCACUCUCUUUUAGUUUAUCCGACUCUAACUGAAGUACUACAAAGGAAGUGGGAUGAAGCAGAACAGUUUCUGUAUGAUGAGCUAAUAACUGAACAGGGAUACAAAAAAAUACUGAAAGAGAUUUUUGAGGAAGCAGGACUUCUAAGAACAACAGAAGAAAAGGAAUUUGAGAAACAGAAUAAGAAAAUAAUAAAUUUGGAAUUUGAAACAGUAGAGAACUGCAAUAAGGAGUACAAGCAACUUUCUAAAGAAUUAAAAAAAGUUAAAGAUUUAUUAACUCAGCAUGGUAUUGCAUACAAAACAAGUUCUGCUGAAAAUACCAGUGUUGAACGUACAAGUCAUAAACUGGCAACUGCAGAGACAAAUGUUUUUAAUGGGUCAAAGGAUGAUAAGCACCUGCGUGGAGAUACAGGAAUUUGGAAUGUAUGAAGAAAUCUGGGUGGUAAAAACAAUUUCAUAUGGACUGUUGAGUAAGUUGAAUGUGUGUCAUGCCACUAGGAUGAUUUACCUUCUCUGAAUAUUCCUGACUUUCUGAAUUUCUGCCCUAAAGCAAAGGGAAAAUACUGGAGUGAGGUUUUGCCAUUACUAAGGAGUUACCUCAUUUCUGAGAACAUGUGUAAAACUUCUAUGCUAAGCCUGGUAUUGGGCAUAGGCUUGCUGAUUCUUUCUCUCCAGUUUCAGCUGUUACUUUCUUUUAUCAAUUACUGCACAAUCUGUAGUGAAAGAUGAGGGGUGUAAGUACAUAGAGCUUACACUUCUGUCUGACUAAUGACUUUGUUUUGCCACAAAAUGUGGGCAAACUAAUUUUGCAGUGAGCAGUGGAUUGUUGGCUUUUUUUUUU